CUUUCUCUCUAUAGUGGCACCGCUUUCUGCAAGUCACGAAACUUGUAUUCAACACCUCAUCAACUCCAUCAGUAUGACCAUCUUGCUUCGUGGGUCCGCCUUCAUCACAGGCGCAGCCUCCGGUAUUGGACAACAGACGGCCAUCGCCUUUGCCCAGCAUGGAGUCACAAAGCUAGCAUUGGCCGACAUCAACCAAGAUGCACUAGAUAUAUCCGCCAGAUCUUUGAAGAAACAGUUUCCCCAUGUCCAUGUUCUACCGGUGCAUCUCAAUGUCCGUGACUCCACGCAGGUCAAGGAAGGCAUUGCCAAGACAAUCGGCGAGUUUGGUCGUCUGGACAUUGCUGUGAACAAUGCCGGUGUAAGUGGCAGUGGACGAAAGACACAUGAGUUGGGUGACGAUGAAUGGCUCGGAAUUCUGGAUGUGAAUUUGCAGGGUGUGUAUCGAUGUCAGAAAGAAGAAUUGGGUGUCAUGGUAAAUCAAGAAGAUCUGGGACCUCGGGUUGGCCGCGGAAGGAUCAUCAACGUGGGAAGCAUGUUUGCUUUUGUGGCACCAAACAACCAAGACCAUACUGCGUAUACAACUGCCAAGCAUGGCAUCAUUGGCUUGACCAAGGCUGACGCAAACUCUUACGGGCCUUUAGGCAUCCGUAUAAAUGCCAUCUGCCCCGGUUAUGUCGAGACACCUCUACUAACGAGUAUUAUGAGUCGUGACCUAGACUCACCACUCGCAGUGGACUUGUCAAGAACUCCUUUGAAGCGCCUGGCCACUAUGGAGGAGGUAGCAGAUGCUAUAGUCUUGUUGGCUUCUCCCAUGAAUAGUUACAUGCAAGGUGCCAGUAUGAUCUGUGACGGGGGAUUUACCAGUAACUAGACGCUCCUAGUCUGGUAGUUGGAUUUGAAUUAUCUGAAUCAUGCAUGCAUAUCAGUGUAGACUCUGGACAAUUAUUUCAUCCAAGUCACGAUUGGUUAUGUUUACCUCACUGAUGAUGAUUUGAUUUGACUUCUUUGAUUCCAAAGCAGCACGUACUUUGGCUACCUUUACCUAUGAAGCCUUAUAAGAUUGUCUGCUUUACAUCUCGAUAUCGUGCUUUGGCUGCCAGAAUAAAUGAAGUAAGUGAAGGAAUUGCUGAAAUGAUUCGCUGAUUUGGUAAAAGCCCAGACCAACCGUUUUCAUUAGACGCAUGCAAAUGUGUUCUCAUAACACCUAGCUUUAAUGUACAAUUUCAUGUAGAUACAGACUUGUUCAUAUCCCACAAAGAUGAAAAUAUCAAAAUCGACUUUGCAAAUCCAAAA